AUGGAACUAUUUCCAAAAUGUGAAACAUUCUCUGACUGUGGACAGGCAACCCACAUUGUCAGAAAGACUGCCAGCAAUCCUCUGUUGAAAGAUGUAUUUGCUUGCGGCAAGUGCAUGAUCACCACAUUCUCAAAUGAAGACUGUGAACCAAUUCCACCGAUAGAGCUAAUUGAAGAGUGCCUUGACCUGAUACACUACAAUAUCACGACAAUAACUAGCUUUAAAGACCAGCACAAGCUCCACAAGGUGUGGGAUGGUCUUGUAGGAGAGCUAGAUAGCUUCAGAGACUCAUUUCUUGAGCUAAGAUCUAGCCUCAGAGACAUAAGACAAGAGGACAACUGGAGUCAUCUUUCCCAGUUCCAGGAUGAGGUAAAGGCUAUACUCAAUGCCAUCGAGGACUCAAGAGCGAUGAAGUGCUAUCAGAAGCAGUUGCAGGUCAGAGCCCUGCACGAGCACAAGAAUGGAAGAGGACGUGUUUCAAGAGACACCCAGGCCCUUCUUAGAAACAAGCUAGCUGACUUCCACCAGAGUAUUCAGAGAAACCAUAUCGCUCCUCUGAAGGAGCAACUGCAGAAGGCUACUCAGGAGGCAGAACAGAGAAAAACUCAGACAGAGGCUCUGGAAGAGGAGAAGACCCAGAUGCAGGAGAACAUUCAGAGGUUGAUUCAAGAGAGGGAUAAUUUUGAGCAAGCUUUCGAAAUUUCCAAUCAAAGACAAGAACAAAUUGAUCAGCUUACCCAGAGAAUCCAAAUCCUCACUGAGAAAGAAGACAAAUAUAAUGCUGACGCAGAAGAAAUGAAGGAUCAAAUAGCCAAUCUCGAGGCAUCUCUUGGAGAAUCAAAGUGAGCCAUUACCCAUGAAGGACUGAAAAUUAUUCACAACUCCAUUAUGAAUAGCUCAGACAACUUCUAUUUAUCAUCUAGCCUUGGCUUCAACCUGAACACUGCUUCUUGGGUGACUCUGCUGAAAGCCCUGCAGCUCUCCCAGAUGCCUCCUCUCUACUAUAUCCAGCUGAACUACGUUGACGAGUUGGGGGAUCCAGAGGUGAUGAGCAGGUUUGUGCAGAAUGCGCUGAGUCCCAGCAUCAAAAAGUUCUACUUCCAAUCCCAGAACUCUUCGUUUACCCCAAUCGGAGCCUACAUGCCUGCCCUGACCAAGGCUCUUCCCUCCAUUCCUGAAUUCAUCUCUUUCUACCAGUUCCAGAUGAGCAAGGCCCAGUUUGAAGACCUCCUCGUGGCCGCCCAGCAUUGCACAUGAGUGCAGGUUUAUUAUUGUAAGGUAGACACGAAGGAGGAACUUGACUUUGGAGACAGACUCGCCCACUCCACUUUUGAGACGUUGAAUUUGGAUGGAACUGGGAGGAGUGCCUAUAGUGACUGGAGUCAGAAUGGGUUCGUUCAGUUUAAGAACAUUGUUAAGGGCUUGGCAAAGGUCAGCCAGGUCAAAAAUAGACUCAUAAAGCUGGAUUUGGGAAAUUGUGAAUUGACGAGAGACUUGGCGGAAUCAGUUUUGCAAGAAAAUGGAAUGGUGAAUGUGACAUUGGAAGGAAUUUAG